AUGCCACUGCCCAUCCCCACCAGUCCCAUCUCGGAUGUCCAAACAGCAGCAUCAGCGGCAGCGGCGGCAGCAGCAGCGGCUAGCGAACGGGAUAAAAAGGAUCUAGAGGUAGUGGAGCUGUUAGUGCCGGGUGUGAUUGAUGAUCUGGUCGACUCCAGCGAUUUGGAUGAGGAAGUGCGCAAGUUUUUCUGCUAAGUCAAAGCCAAGUUAUCGCCUCCUAGAGAUGUAAGCCUCCCUUCUUAUAACUCCUUGUCCUCGUCCUCGUCCUGAUCCAUGUCCUUGUCCUUGUUCCGGUCGUUAUGCUUUGUGUAGCUCGUAAUACUUUUAGCCAUUAAGUGUACUUGAGAGUCCUCUCCUCCGUUCCCCAUUGUGUCCCUUACUCCCAUCCCCACCCAUAAAUCGGAAUGCGAUCCUUAGACGCGAUCGAAUCCGAUCCGAAGCACAAGCGUUAAACAUACGAAAGAUAUAUUUUACAGCGAGUCUCAGAUUUUACUUAACUACGCACAUAAGUCACGAAAAUACCUAUUACAAACUACAACUACAUACUACUUACUCUAAAAAACAAAACAAAAAAACGUAACGCUACUUUCUGUAUAUAACCAUAUAUACAUUGCACAUGUAUAUGUAUUUAUUUAUAUUAUGGAAAAGGAUUAAAACCAAAAAGUGUCUUAGACCUACGACCAAAUUAUUGUACACGUUCUAUAAAAACAAGAAUAAUAAAAGAGAGAAAACUAUUGAAGAGAAAUUCCUGUAAAAUAAAGCAACAAUUUACCGACUAUUUAUAACAGAUAAAUACAGCUAUGAUCGCUACUAUCGGAGUCCCCAUAGCUAACAGGUAUAAACCGUACCCAUGUUUGUAUAUAGAAAUAUAUAUAUAUAUAAAAUAUACCUUAAAAGAAAUACCCUUACGUGCCGUCGAAGCAAUUACUAGUAUUUAAGACCCGCAGAUCCGUUACCGAUCCUUACUGUGCUGUAAACAUUAUCUAUUUAAACAAAAAUUCAAAGUGUUCCUUGCACACUUAUCGAAUAACACAAAAUAAAAAUGAUAAUUUUUCGAGGUGUCCUUGAUUCAUUUGCCAUGCCCUGUCUUUAAAAUGCAGUAUCACAAAAUAAAUAGUUACCAUAUAUACAUAUAGCUAAAUAUAUAGUUUAUAAAACACCUGACAUAUUUGGCCAGAGAGACAGAAAGGAAGAAACUGUUGCAGAUCUAUUUACUGUAACUUAAAAAUUAAAUUUAAAAAAAUACAAACGCGACAAACAUCACGAAAUUGCAACCACAAAUAAAUUAAAAGAAAAAAAACGAACUACUCAACAUUUUUUACAAACCUAAAAGCUAAAUAUAAAAUACUUAGUUAGGAGGCAUAAAUAAAAUAAAUUAAACACACACAAAACCGCAAAUGAAAUCUUAAAUAACAUAAUUACCACACUCCGUAACACUUUCUUCGUACCAAAAUUAAAUCACAAUAUUUUUUAUUUUCAAUUCAAUUCCAAAUUCAAGCGAAAACACAAAAAAAAUGAAUAUGAAAUUAUGUAAAGAGUAUAUAUAAUAUAUAUAUAAAUUUAUUAAGCGAAUACGAGUAAUACAAAUUUUUAAGAAACGACAAAAAAGAAGAGCGAGUAACAGGCUUUAAAAGUGCAAAACGUUUUAUUAAUUGAGUACCAGAACUUAUACAUAAUAUUAAUAAUAAUAAUAUUGUUAAUUAUAGUAUCAAGAUUUUUGCAUAAAAUAUACAUACAUUUUCCUUUUUUUAAUGUCAAUGUAAAACUCUAGUUAUAAACUACAUAAGUAAACUUUAAAUCCUUUACAAAACUAUGCAAAAAGAAAAUCAAAAAAAAGAUGCGAAAAAUUAAUAUUUAAAACAACAAAAAAAUAUAUUUGUGAACGACGUUAAAAGAGAGGGAGAGAGAGAAC